AGUCGCCUGUCGUUGCGGACGCUUGACCACAGCGCUGGGGUGGCCUGUGGGGGAUUUACACGCGGCCGGCCGCGCGCUGGGGCUGUUAGCAAAGCAGCCCCUGUUUCCACCCGGCUCGCUUUGCGGGCGGACCCGCCGCCGGCUGCCUUGGAGUGUUUCUGGGAAAGGGCCUGGGGAGUUUCUUCCCUUCAGCUAACUGACGUGGGUUCCCCGCAUAGAUAUUCAUCAUUUUGGAGGAUUUCAGCACAGAGAUUAUUGGAUUUUGCCAUAUCUGACCAGGAUGAAUUCAUCAUUGGUUGCUUAUGAUGAUUCAGAUUCUGACACUGAGACUGGAAAGACUGAAAAUCUCAGUCUUUCUGGCAGAGAAACCAGACUUGCAAGUUCUGCUAUGAAUCCUAUUCAGUAUUUUGCACCCAGUGGAUUAGGCACAAAAUCUACAUACAAAAUGCAGACUGUUGAGAAUACUGCCAGCACUGGGACAAGCAUUAUUUGUGAAGGUGCUCCUGCAUAUAAGGUACAGGCUAAUAACAGGGAUUUGGCAGCUGUUUAUCCUUGGAAAGAAUAUUCUAACCAGGCUGAAACGCUUUCUGGAAAUGGAAGCUUCUCUCAGAAGAGAGUACAUCAGGACAAGAUUGUUACCAUAAAGGGAAUUAGACCAUAUAUCCCUAAAAGACUUCGACAAGAAAAAACUUCUAAAGUGUAUGAAAAAAAAGAAUCUGAAAAACAGAGAGAGAGUUGUGCAAUACCAGGAGAGCAAAUUUCCACAGAGGUUUCUGAAUUUAUUAAGCCAUAUUUAGCGUCUAAGUACAAAUCAACUGAAAUCCCAAGGAACUUGGUGUUUCAGAUGUCCAAACACAGUGGUCCAGUUAAUAAAGUCCAGUGGUGUCCUGUACAAGGAUGGAGCCAUAUGCUUCUUUCCACCUCCAUGGAUAAAACUUUCAAGAUAUGGAACGCUGUAGAUACAGGCUGUUGUUUAAAAACAUACUCCUGUCACAGUUGUGCUGUUCGAACUGCUGAGUGGUCUUUGUGCGGAAGAAGAAUUCUCAGUGGAGGCUUUGAUUCUAUGCUUCAUUUAACAGAUGUUGAAACAGGGACACAGGUAUUUAGCAGCAACAAUGAAUUUAGGAUCAGCACACUGAAGUUUCACCUUUCUGAGCCUAAUAUUUUUAUUUGUGGAGGAUUCAGCCCAGAAGUUAAAGCCUGGGAUAUAAGGAAUUGUAAGGUGAUAAAAGUCUAUAAAGCAGCAGUACAACAGACCUUGGAUGUCCUCUUCCUUCCUGAAGGAAAAGAAUUUCUUACAAGCACGGAUGCAGUAAGCCGGGACUCAGCUGACCGUACAAUCAUUGCAUGGGAUUUCCACAGCGCUGCAAAAAUUUCCAAUCAGAUUUUUCAUGAGCGUUAUACCUGUCCGAGUCUGACUCUGCACCCUAGAGAACCUGCAUUUGUUGCUCAAACAAAUGGAAACUACAUGGCAUUGUUUUCUAUCCAACGACCAUACAGAAUCAACAAAAAGAAAAGAUAUGAAGGGCAUAAGGUGGAAGGAUUUGCAGUGGGCUGUGAAUUUUCUCCAGAUGGAACACUUCUAGUGACAGGAAGUUCAGAGGGCAAAAUAUUUUUCUAUAACUAUCACACUGCUAGAAUUAUUCACACUUUGUCUGCACAUAACCAGGCUUGUGUGAGUGCAACUUUUCAUCCAGUCCUUCCGUCAGUUCUUGCAACAUGUGACUGGGCUGGAGAUAUCAAGAUCUGGCAAUAAUAAAACAGGGUUCCCUUUCAGAGUGAAUCCAGUUAGUCCACAUUAAAGACACGGGUGCUGGUGUUUCAUCAUAAAUAAACCAGUGUAUGCAAUUUGAA